CAUGCUGGGUAAAGUCACCGGAAACGGAAGCAGAUCUGGUCUGUGGUCCAGGUGUGCGGAGGGGGUGACAGUAAUGUGUUGAUGAAGACAAUACAUUGAAUGAUGGUGCACAGUACACUGGGAGGGAAGGUUACUGAGAACAUUACUGAAAGGAGUCCAUAUUCUAUCACAGUCCAAGAAUUUUAAAUUGCACAUUGCACGGCAUAGACAUUUGUGAUUUUAAGUAUGGCUGAAGGGGACGCUACAUACCGGCUUGUGUACUCGGGAAUGCACAUGGAUGGCGAGAACUGCAUCCAGUCUGGAAAUCUCAGCCACUGCGUUGGAGUACAGACAGAGCAUAGAAAGCAGGAUGCAGGAACCAUUACAGACAGGAAUACAGAACAUGUUUUGAAAGAACUUGUUAACCACCGGGAUCAGGUGAAGGACAGUUACCAAGAGGUACUGGACAAACAGACACAGGCGGAAAAACAGCUUCAAGUUCAGAUUAAACAACUUAAGCAGCAACGGGAUGAAGAGAUUAGCAGACAUCAGGAUACACUGAAAGCUGUCCAAGAUGUAACAGUGAAAAGAGAAGAAACAAAGAAGAGGAUGGCAAAGGAAAGGAAAGACCAUUCUCAGAAGGAGCAAGAUCUGCGUUCUGAGCUGGAGAAACUGCAGGCCAAGAGUAAACGGCUACAGCAAGAACGUGAUGAAAUGGAGAAUAAAGUUCAGUCCCUCCUGGAAGAGCAGACACAUGAGAAGGAGGAGUGGGAUUCGGAGCUUGCUUCGCUAAAGAAGCUGGAGGAUGAGAUCACACAGAGUGUCCAGCAGGAGAAGGAAAGAGUUAUAAGAGCCGAGGUGCUAGCACUGGAGAGUCGCAGAGAUCUUUUACUAUUUUCAAUCGAGGAAGCUGAAAGUGAGGCUGAAGUAACGCUGUCUUUGCUCAGGGUUGCCAAUCCCACUAUAGAGUGGAUCCAGUUGAAACAGAAAUGGGAGGCAAGGCUGGCCGGUAUCAAGCAGAUUAAAACAAAUCUUUGGGAUCAGUUUGUCUCCCAUAUUCAACAAGUUAAAGAUGGAACCAAGUUAGGCAGCCUGCCAUCAAUUGCGGCUCCUAGCCUGCCACCACCGCCCUCCGAUACCAACCUCCUGUUGCAGAGAAUUGCUCUUGCUCCUCAGAUGCAAAGUAUUCAAAUGCAGCCACCAGUAUCAACCAGAGACCUCUUCCAUUUACCGCCACAGCUUUCAAAUGCCCUCUCAUGCCAACCUUCUGUUUCUAUGCCACACAUUCCUGUACCAUUUGGUGGUGCCACCAAUGUCUUUCCCAGGGCGGCAGCAAGUACCGUUCCCACAAGUGCCCAUAGCGAGUCUUCUGCUCCACCUGGCACAGACAAACUUAGCAAGAUUCUGGAGAAGCUACAAGCCAGAUUUCCUAAGUGCACCAAAUCCCAGCUGACCGGGAUCAUGCAGCAGAUUAAGAUGUCGCGUGGCACACUGUCUGGACUCACCGUGGAGCAAUUAUGCCAACAUGUAGCCACUCGUCUAAAGGAAACAGAUGUGGGAACCGUUGGGACACUGCCUGCUGGAAAUUCGAGGUUGCUCUAUCACACACCUCAAGGGCUUCCUUCCCUUGUUCUGCCAGCACAAAUGCAAUUUGCAGCUUUGCCACCGCAGCCAUCUGCUCCGUGUAAACUGUGCCUUAUAUGCCAGAAAAUUGUCCUUCCUACUGAUAUGAAACCAAUGCCUUGCAGCCAUAUCCUGCAUAAAAAGUGCACUCAGUUCUGGUCCAGUAUAAAUCAAACGGAUUGCUGUCCCUUCUGUCCAAGCCAGAAUAAUCAUCAGCGAUAAAGAGUGCAGAAGUCAUAGACGUUUGCGUGACACAUCGGUCUAAUGCUCCAGAAUGGAAUUAUCUGUAUAUACUGGACACAUUGAAAAUGUUUUGUAAAAUAUAUUGUUUCAGAUUUAAGUGUUGCUAAUCAGUUUAUAUUGAUUGCUUUACAGUUUAAUAAACCCUCUGCGAUUUCUUUCUUAUCACAGAUACAACUUGCAA